UUUGCUGUAGACAGAGCAUUAGGGUUUUUCGGGGUAGAGUAGUGCUAUGCAGCAUUUGCGGCAUCGAGGAGGAGGAGGAGGAGGAGCUACGCCACUGCUCGGCGGCGCGGACGCAUCGAUCGCCGCCGAGAAUGCCGAAUUCAAGGCGGCGUCCGGGCGGACGCCCAUGGGAAUGCGCAAGAAAGGAAUGGGGGUGAGAAUGUGGCUCGUGAUCAACAGCUCCGGCGUCCAGCGCCUCGAGGCCGGUAAACACGCGAUAAUGCGAAGAACAUCGCUGCCGGCUAGGGACUUGAGGAUUCUGGACCCGCUGCUGUCGUAUCCAUCCACGAUUUUGGGGCGGGAGCGCGCCAUCGUCGUGAAUCUAGAGCACAUCAAGGCGAUUAUCUCGGCUCACGAGGUCCUGCUUCUCAAUUCCAAGGACCCUCUCGUUGCUCCGUUCGUGGACGAGCUUAGAGGUCGGCUUCCAGUUCACUACAACGCUCUGGGACAACAGGUUCCAGGGGAUGGUGGUGGUGGGAUGAGCGACACCGAAAUCCCAUCGAGACCAUCUCAGGAUGAUGAAGCUAACGGAUCCAUCGACGCCUCCAUCUCAUUAGAAGCUCCUGAAGGUUCCAGUUUCAAGUUUAGCAAUGAUCUCCAGAACAAAGGCGGGCCUAGCGUAUUGCCUUUCGAAUUUCGAGCUCUGGAAGCUUGUCUCGAGGCUGCUUGUAGUUGCCUUGAUGCGGAGACGAACGCACUGGAACAACAAGCAUAUCCGGCCUUGGACGAGCUCACGUCGAAGAUCAGCACACUCAAUCUCGAGCGUGUAAGAUUGAUAAAGUCUCGGCUCGUUGCCAUAUCAGGGCGUGUCCAGAAGGUCAGAGAUGAGAUAGAGCAAUUGUUAGACGAUGAUGGAGACAUGGCUGAAAUGUACUUGACAGAUAAACUAUCUCGCCAGCAGCUGGAUGGAGUGCCAUCGCCUCCUGCCUAUGACAUGGACGAGGAAGAAAAAGACAAUGCUGAAGAGAACGAACAAAGGCUCGAUGAGAGACAGGCUGCCGAGAAGAACCAAUUCAUGCCCGACGUGAAAGCGGAAGCUCAAACCGCGUUUGAAGCCAUGCGAGAAACUUUGAGUGGACUUCACAAGGGCGAUGGACUCAGCAGCAGCUCCCGGAGCAGCAACAAGAGCAGCAGUAGCCACAGCAACCACCCAAAGCAAAACCUCGACGUGGAGGAGCUGGAGAUGCUGCUCGAGGCCUACUUCGUCCAGAUCGAUGGCACACUCAACAAGCUCUCAACUCUCAGGGACUACGUCGAAGACACGGAAGACUACAUCAACAUAAUGCUGGACGACAAGCAAAACCAUCUCUUGCAAAUGGGGGUGAUGCUCACGACCGCGACGCUGGUGGUGAGCGGAUUCAUCGUCGUCACUGGGAUCUUUGGGAUGAACAUAAGGAUCUCUCUUUUCAACGAGGGGACGCUCACGCAGUUCCUUUGGGUCGUCGGCGGCGCGGGCGUUGGAGCGCUCCUGGUGUAUAUUCUUGUCAUUGGAUGGUGUAGAUAUAAGCGCCUCCUUGAAUAAAUCUGGGCCGUUAGAUAUGAC